CGACGACAUCCUCAAGCACGCCGAGACUCCUCGAGCGGCUGGCUUAGCAUACUAUAGAAUCGAGGAAGAGGAUGACGAUCUUCCAUUGCCUGCGGAUUGGGAUGCUCUCGAGGCCUGGUGGCGGGACCUGUUGCAGCCGCUCGGCAUCGUGAGCUCGCGGCAGCCGUUCGCGGCGAACAGGCCAGGGCAGGCGCCUGAGAUCGAAAUCGGCAUCGCGGCCUCUGGCUUCGACCCUGCGGAGAUCAUCUCGGACUCGGACCUUGCCACCUCGGAGUUCGACGGGGGCCGCUUCGAGCUCGAGCGGGGCGGCGACUCCAUCGGGGACGACGGCCGCGUCGAGAGGGGCGCAGCGCGGGGCCACCGCGCCCUCGAGCCGGGUCACGAGAUGCAGAGCCGCCGCGCCCUCGGGCACGGCAGCGAGUUCCGCGCCAGUGGCCAGCCAGCCUCCAAUCCAGGACGACGAGCCGCUGGGCUACACGGGCCGCGUCGAGCGAGUCGGGCUGAUGGGCGACCCCGUCGAGUUUCCGGGCAACCCCAUCCACGUCGCGACAGGCCAAGGCAAGCUGCUCUCUGCCACCACUCCCGAUUCCAGCUCGUUCCCCAGGGAGGGGCAGCCCAGUUCGCAAGCUCCCGAGCGAGCGAGCUCACGUCCUGCGCAGUGGCUGGCGGCGCAGGAUAGCUCGGGAGCGGGCAAGCCCAGUAAUCGGGGGGGCGGCUCAGCCGCUGGUGGCGGUGGCGGGCGCGGCGAUACAUCGAGAGUGACGCGCCGCUGGGCAGCCUUGCACCUUUCGAACUCGCCGAAUCGCAGGAUGUCAAGACACUCUUGAAGCGCGCCGCGCCGCAGAACAUCCAGGCGAGCAUCGAACGCCACGACGGCGCCGAUUUCAAGGUCAAUGCCGACGUCGCGAUUGGGGGGGAGUGUGAUACGCCGGCGCACGGUGACCUCGGGCCCUCGUCUGCAGGGCCAGGAAGGUCAUUGUCGGGCGGAGACUCCUCGGUUGGCACGCCGGUGCCCGGUGGCCCUUGGGCGUCCCCGGCAGCGUCGGGGAGGUCGCCAGCCCCGAUGGCCUCCCCACUGACGACGGACAGAACGACGCCAUCCAGAUCGACUUCAACGAGAUCAAGGUCCACGACGACGGCGCGAUCGGGGAGGAGAGCGAUACCCUGGUGUCUAGUGCCCUUGGGACUUCUUCAACAUCGCCAGAAAGGUCACCGCCGCAGUGGGCCUCCUCGGUCGACUGGUGACCUUGGGGCCUCGCCGGCAGCGUUGGGGAGGUCACUGGCCCCCUUGGCCUCCUCGCCCGCGACGGGAACUACGGCGCAGGGAUGCCGCGAUGAGCGACGGCGCGAAGGGCGGUGACGCGCAGGGCAACUGGAUGUUCGAGCCCGUGGGGCAACCAGGCUACCAGGCCGGCAUCGGGCGAGUCGAGCAGAGCAGCUUGCCGCAGAGCUCCCAGGCACCCGGCAAAACGGCCGCCGCCGGCGCGCGCAGCCUCGAGUGCAUCUUGGUGCUGGCGAUGAGGCGUUGGCAUGAGGAGGGCGGCUUCACGUUGCCAGCCAUCCACGCGCGCCUGGUGAAGACUGCGGCUGAGUAUCAGGCGCACGGUGCAGAGCGGCGGGCCGCGCCCUGGUGCGUUCUCGGCGUGGCUUGUGCCAUGGCGGCGCAGGCCGUGAGGGAGCGCGGCAUCGCAUAGUACGACUGAGACGGGGCCGCGAGGGCUUUCGCUGUUGCUCGCUCCCAGGGUCUACCGCAUCGCCGAGGCGGCGUCGUCGCCCAUGCUGCUGGUGGGCUUCGGCGAGGUUUUCGAGACCGGGCCGCGAGGGGUGUCUCGCUGCUGCCCGCUCCCAAGAGCGGGUCUACCGCAUCGCCAAGCCCCUCUUGUUCCUCUGCACCGGCCCCUCUUGUCAGUGCCUGUGCUAACCUCGCGGCCGGCUUCUCCCGCAUUUUCGUCGAGCCCGUUAUAGCACCAUUUUGGCCGAGACGUUGCUUGUACAGCCCGGUCGAUGCACAUUGAGCUGUGCGUGGGUGGGCCCAGUUUGGUUGCGCAGGAACCUGUUGGGGGCUUUGAUGAGGCGGUACCCCCACCCCAA